GGAAGAUCAGGGGGCCUUUAAGCCUGGAAAGACCCAGAAUUUAGGAGUCCGCAGAGGCGCCUGCAAGGAUAUUCUGCAUGUGUCUUGUUGUGGUGUUUCGGGUCGUUUGAGCGUCCACCGAUGAGGAGAGUGUGUGUCCCUGUGAGCUGGGACUGCGACCCCCCUUCUCACUAGUCCAUAAGCUUCCUAGUUGGAGCAAUGUGGACUUGCAAUGAGGUGCUAGAGCCUUGUUUCACUUUAGCCGCGUGACUUGACCUAAAUGGCGCAGCAUGACUUUGCUCCAGCCUGGCUUAAUUUCCCUCCACCGCCACCCUCCACAAAGACCUCUUUAAGCAGUGACAAACCUUCUGAGAAUGUCGUGCGUCCAGACAGCCGCUACAGUGUAACGCGUAGACGUCACAAUUCAUCCGAUGCAUUUGAUGCUUCUCUUGGUCGUUCAAAUGGAGGUAUUUUUGGAAGAAAAGAAAAGAAUGGGUGGCGCUCCCAGGGCAGGAACGGAUCGGAAAAUGUAAAUCUCAGCGGUACAUUUAAUGGUACGGGCUCCCGCUCUCGAAGUAGCACAUUCCAUGGAGGUAAAACCCAUGGGCAUCGUGAAGGCAGCUCUUUAGAGAAUGAAACCACACGAAAAGAAGAUCGUGAAAAACGCAAGCAGUUUGAAGCUGAAGAUUUUCCUUCUCUAAAUCCUGAACAUGACAAAGAAGUGAACCAAAACAAGUCUCUCUCUGCUGGAGUGUGGGAAUACCCUUUGAAUUCUAAAUCUAGAAGUUCUCGAAUGCUGGUCAUUAGAAAAGGGAUGAAAGAUGAUUUCUCAUGGUCUGGGUAUCCGAUUACAACAAGUAGUAUCCGCAUAUCGCCCGCGAAGAAUGGGAUGGACAUCUCUAAGGAUCUAGAACCGAAGGAUUCCAGUCCUACUAAGGAGAACAGCAAUGCACUAUUGGACAAGAACAACAUUGAAAGUUCUAGUGAAACCUUCAGGUUAAAUGAAACUGUACAUAAUGACUUGACAGAUGCAUCUCAGACUUCAAUGCAAGAGGAGGUUGAUUCUUCCAGUUUUUCUAAUAGAAUGAACAUUUGUCAGGAACAUGACAUCAACUUGAAUUUUGAUCAGAGUGAAAUCCCUCAGGGGAAUGGAAAUUCCUUUACUUCCAGACAAAUUACACGGUCUUCUACUUUCCCUCAGGAGGUUGUUCUGUCAAGUUCACUGGAGGCAGAGCACAGAUUGUUGAAGGAAAUGGGCUGGCAGGAAGACAGUGAAAACGAUGAGAUCUAUGCACCACUAACUGAAGACGAGCUGAGGGAGUUCCAGAUCAUAAGUCAGCAGCUACAGAAGAAUGGUCUGAGGAAGAAUAAUCUCCUGAAAAACGGAUUUUCGUUCGAAUUUAAAUUUGAUCCCUGGAAACACAGUACUUUCACAACCACCAAUGAAAACGAGGACACGGAGACCAGCAGCAGUGACACAUCAGAUGAUGACUUGUGAGGACCUGGCUGACUAAUAUGAACUAUUUUUCUUUGGAAAAUAAUUGUGAACACAAAAUAAAAAUUACUGUCGCUCAGAGCUCAUCCUAUCGGUGCGCUUCUACAUGGAAGUAGUUUUGCUGGUUCUUUGUGUCUCUCGCGCUCUCUGCAUAUUGGUAAUGGACACUGUAGAUGUUUGAGGAUUUAGAUUGGCUCAACAUUGAUUCCUCUUCUUCUUGGCAGCCUCUCACUAAAUGGCAAUGUGACAGUGUAUUAAAGGGAACCACCUCCCCCUUUAAGAAAGAAAGCCAAUUGUAUAGUAUUUUGCCAAGGUUUUUGUUAAAUUCUUCAAAACAAAAAAGAAGCACUUUAAUGACAAUACUUUCUUCCACUGCAGUUUCAUACAAAUGAUGUAGCAUGUUUAUUAGAUAAAAUAUUCAGUUUUUGUUUUUUGAGGCCUUGAGAAUUUUUUUUCCCUCCAGUUCCACAGUUUAAAUGCAUUGUUUUCAUUGUUUUCACUAUCAAGGUUUUAUUUGGGUGUCUGUAGAGCCUGGCAUUGGUGAAGUGACAUGGACUAAACUCUGUUCAAAAUAAACCUAUUUUGAUAUAACA